AUGACGCCUCCAUUUCAGCAACAUAUCUUCCUCGCCUUGGAACUCUUUGCAGUCCUAGUGAAUAGUGCAAACCUCAACUACAGCGGCGAAGCAGUCACGACACGGUAUUGGGACUGUUGCAAGCCGUCUUGCGGAUGGAAAGGCAAAGCAUCUGUGAACACCCCAGUGGGAUCAUGCGCAGCUGACGAACAGCCCAUUGGGCUUGAUGCUGGUACCGGUUGCAACGGAGGGACGGCAUUCGCUUGCUCUCAACAACAACCUUGGGCCGUCAACGAAACAUUCUCGUACGGGUUUGCCGGCGUCUUCCUCACCAAGGACAUGGUAGGCGGCGCAACAGAAGAUGCAUGGUGCUGCGCAUGCUACCAACUGGACUUCACCAGUGAGCCCUUGAUAGGGAAGAGCAUGAUUGUUCAGGCGUCAAACACUGCCUAUGACAUCAACACGGCGAAUCGGUUCAGUUUAGCGGUCCCUGGCGGGAAUACCACUUCGAACGAUGGCUGUGCCACGCAGUAUGGCGUAUCUCAAUCCGUCUUCGGCCAAGACCGUGAAGGUGUUGCCACGAACGACGAUUGUCAAAAUCUACCAGAAUCGCUACGAUCCGCUUGUCAGUGGCGUUUCGACUGGCUGCAAGACGCCUCGUUCCCCAGCGCCAACUUCAAACGGGUCCCCUGCCCAAGCGAGAUUACAGCAAGGACAGGCUGUGUCCGCAGCGAUGACGAAACUCUUGCUGGCCAGAUCUCCGGCAACGUAACAGCAGCAGCUGGAACCUCGUCGGCACAUAUGACGCUGGCAGCCCUUGGUUCGACCAUUGCUGCUGCCGGCUUGGCAGUCUUGCUCUCAAUAUGA